GUACAUAAUAAUGAUUUUUCUCAGCCUCAAAUAGCAACAAAAAAGUCCUCAACAUCCCAAAUAAACAGGGAUAAUCUAUUUUCUUCCCCAUAAUAAAAAAAGGAGAUAAAGGAUCUAUAAUUUAAAAUUAUUUGAAAAGUACAUUUUUGUUUCAAAUAAUUAAGUCAGGGAUGAAAGCUGAAAGUUUGGAAAGGGGCACAAACCCCACACAGGAUGAGGAGGAAUCCAGAGGUGUCUCCAGAACUCCAAAAUUAUUGAAGUCUUUGCUGUGCUUAAAAAAAUACAUCUGGAAGAAAAAUACAUUUGGAGGAGCCCAAAAUCCCUAACACAUGAUUAUAGCCUCAACACGUGAUUAAAUUCCCCUUCCUAAAGAAUCCUGGGAGAGCUCAGAGAGAUUGCAUGAGUGGAAAGCUGGCAAAUUCCUUGUUUCCAUGGUUUUUGUUUUGAUAAUGAAAGCAGCAGGACAAGGCAAAAGCCAGCAUUUGAGGAUGUUUGAGCUCAUUUUCAGGCUGCAGUUCUUCACGACAUUGAAUUCCAGUUAUUUUAGGGUCAAGGAUGUCACCCUCUGGUGUUUUCUUCCUCCUAAUAUUAGUUUCCAUGGUGGACAUCAAAACCUCACCUGAAAAAGGAUGCCUGCUCUAUUCCUAUGGGACACACCAGGAGGAUGAAAGCAACCCCAAACACGAUGAUGGGACAUCCGAGAUCACCCCCUCCGUUCCCUUCACCUUCUAUGGGAAAACAUACCAAACUGUGUUUGUGAAUAACAAUGGGGUGAUCUCCUUCGAUGAGCCCAUCAAACAAUACACCCCUGACCCCUUCCCUCUGGUGGAUGGGCACCCUUUCAUGGCUCCAUACUGGGCAGAUGUGGAAAAUGUGUGGACACGUGGGGACAUCUUCUACCACCAGACCACCGACGCGGUGCUGUUGGAGGACAUCAGCCAAGACAUCAGCCAGUACUUCCCCAAAAGCCCCUUCACCACCACCUGGGCCUUGGUGGCCACUUGGGACCCCAUGGCCUACUAUGGCUCCACCUCUGAAAAGGGCAACACCUUCCAGGCUGUGCUGACCACUGACUCCAAGAUGUUUUAUACCACCCUCAACUACUGGGACAUCCAGUGGACCACAUGGGCAGCAAGUAAUGGGGAUGCUGAAACAGGACUUGGUGGGACCCCAGCACAUGUUGGUGGGGAGGGUGAAGGAGGAGGGGGAGGUUGUCCCACUCCAUGUUCUGAGGAUGAUGGUGAUGAAGGUCAGGGAUUGGCCCACCCAUUUCCUGGGGAUGAUAAUGAUCAUGGUCAUGAUGAAGGUCCAGGAUUGGCCCACAACAUUUUUGGGGAGGUCAAGUUUUCCAGUCCCAUCUUCUGGAGAUGAUGAUGAUGAAGUUUAGAGGGUGGCCCAUCCCAGCUAUUGGAUAUGGAUGCUAAAUCUGAACCAGAGUGCCUGUAGUUAUUACAGGCCACAUAGCUCUCAGUCGUGCCUGAGAGCUAACCUGAGAAAUUCAUGGGAGGAUUUAAAAA